CAUGAGAUAUCGCGAAGAUAAUUUUGAGUCAACUUGAAGGGAUUACGUGUAUGGGCUGCAAAGUGCAAUUUAAAGGGUGCGAGUUCGAAGACGUUGAUGUAGAGACAUUUGCGAAGUAUCGAUCGACCUGUAUCUUGAAGAGGAUGCUCCCUUUGGUCUUCUCCUUGUAGUCACGUGUCGCGUGGAAAGCAACGAUAGGCGUAGCGAGGAGAGAUACAAGGAAAGACAAAGAGACAUUUCCCAGCGGACGACAUCACGUCGCCGUCAUGGAAAAUCGAUUCGCCGCCACCGACCACCCUGCCACAACCACCCGCCGCAGUGCAAUGACCUCCAAACCGGGAAGAUCCUAUAGCGUGAGGUCUCCGCGAAUCGGAGGUCCUCUUUCGCAAUCGUUGGCUAUGAUCCCUCCAACCAUGCACGGGCAUGAGUUCAAUCAACCCUUGUCGAGGGUGGUCAUGGUUCGUAAAACGGAUCAAAGGACAUUUAGCAAGGGAAGACGAGGUGGUGAACCUCUUCUGGAAACAGUUACCAGGGAAACUGUCGAACUCUUUAAUGGCGGUCGAGCCGAAAGGAAGUAUACCUCCGAAACAAGGGAUAUCGUUACACCAAAGUCUAGCAGGUCGAGGACAGAUUCGGUAAGAUCGAAGUCUCCAUUGACGGCAUCGCCAGCAUCACCGGGUCCUUUGUCGAAUUCCCUGCAUGGUAGUUUUCAUGGUAGUCUAGGAAGCGAUGGUAUGUCUUGUAGCAGCGCUAGGUCCUCUUCAGCGUCUCCCGAUUCUGCAAGAUAUUCAUCCUCACAGAUAACAAAGAUUGACACACGUAAACCGUCUGUACGCAGAUCGGGACCUCCGAAGGAGUUUGUUAAUGUCUGCCUCGACACGCAUAAUUUCUACCGAUCGCGGCAUGGAGUACCACCGUUACGACUCAGCAAGCAGCUGUGCAAGACAAGUCAAGACUGGGCUAAUAUAUUGGCCGCUAAAGGUAGAUUAGAGCACAGAGCGAAUAUUGACUAUGGAGAGAAUCUCUAUUGUAUGUGGAGCUCCAAUCCAAAGACAAUUGUCGGUGGCGAAGAGCCUGUGAAUGAAUGGUAUGCUGAAGAAACUCAACAUCAAUAUGGAAAGGAGCCUACAACGUUGAAGACUGGUCACUUUACACAAGUGAUUUGGAGAGACAGUACUGAAUUAGGGGUGGGAAUGGCUAGGAAUCGAAAUGGCGAAGUCUACGUUGUGUGUAAUUACAAUCCCGCUGGAAAUUUCUUAGGCAGUUUCACGGAGAAUGUUCUUCCACCCGUGGACGCAGGUUCUAUGAAACGGAUUAAUUUUACCGAUAUGAAACAACAUUACAUUGACGAGCAAAUAUGGCAGCAGGAGGCCUUACUGGUUCACAAUGAGUAUCGAAGAAAGCAUCGUGUACCGGAUUUAAGAUUAAGUCCGGAAUUAACAGCAGCUGCUAAGGCCUGGGCAAACACGUUGCUAAAUACAAAUAAACUCGUACCUCAAUCGUCGUCUCCGUAUGGCGAAAAUAUUUAUUCAAUGCAGUGUUCUGAUCCUAAACUGAUCGUUUCCGCACGUGAAGUCAUUUCAAAGUGGUAUUCCGAGAAAAAAGAACAUAAAUUUGGCAUCGAACCCAAAGUUCUUAACACAUGCCAUUUUACGCAAAUUGUCUGGAAAAAUACGACUGAAAUGGGUAUUGCAAUGGCCAAACGAGAUGGUUCAUGUGUUGUAGUGGCAUGUUACCAUCCGAGAGGUAACAUAGUAGGACAGUUUACUGAAAAUGUACUGAAGCCUAUAAAAAGUGUCUGUUAGUUGGACUCAUUUCUGUUGAUAAUGUAUUAUAUUUAAACCUUGUAUUUAUGUAUUAUGCAGAUGAAUGAUCACGCAUAAUAUAUAUGUAAUGUAUAUAGGACACUUGUGCAUAAACACGUAUAAUAAACAUUCCAC